CUCUCUCUCUCUCUCUGUAUGGAGCAUUAAAGAAGGUCCUUUAUAUCCUUCAGUUAUGGGGCUCUGUUUUCUACUGUAUUUCCGCAGCGAACGAUGAAAAAUUCAUUCCCUACGGCCUCCGCCCAGAUAAACCCAGACCGUCUAACGAUUUCAUUUUGCCUGCAUAUUUUUGUUUUUGUCUCUUCCUUUUCCUUUCGUUCCGGCCACGUACCCAUUUCCCAUUUGUGGAAAAAAAAAUAUGGUCCUGUCAACAUCUGACUUGCGUUCUACAGUUCAAGCCGGUCCCCUUCGCAAGAUUUAUAGGUUGGUUUGUUUCCCUCUGGGCUCUUACUUUUCUCACUCUCUCUCUCUCUCUUGGAGCUCGCUUAAGCAAAGGUGCCUUCUCUUCUCUUCCUUAUUGAUGGCUCUUUAAUGGGUACUUGAUAGUUUGGUUUAAGUCUUGUUGUUUCUGUGCAAAGUUCUAUAUUUGCAGCUCCGUCUGAGCCGGAAGAAGCCGCCUUCCCUUGGCUCUGUGAUUUCUUGAUAUUGAGAUUAUGGGUUGUGGAAUUUCUGGGUUGGUGGUUUGGAUUUCAGUUAUAUUAUAUUUGCUCAGCUUGUCUAGUGAAUUUAAUCCUGUAGACGAAUACUUAAUAGCCUGUGGAUCACUCACCAACACAACUGUUGGUGAUCGAGUUUUCAUGGCCGAUUCCCUGGCUGCGAAACUCCUUUCAUCCCCAAAAGAUGUAUUGGUUAAUACGCCUUCAAAUUCCAUGUCCUCUCUUGAUUCAAAGCUUUAUCAGACGGCAAGGGUUUUCACUGGAGUCUCCGAGUACACUUUGCCCAUCUCUCACAGUGGACGCCACUGGAUUCGCCUUUAUUUCUUCCCCUUUGAUCAGGGGAACCACAAUUUGAGCUCAGCCAGCUUCUCUGUUUCCGCCCAAAGUUACACCCUACUUAGCAAUUUCACUCCAAAAGGUGCAUCUGUCAAAGAAUUCUCAGUAAAUGUAACAUCCAGCACCCUUGUGAUCACCUUUACUCCCUCUGAGAAUGGUUCCUUGGCCUUCCUGAAUGCCUUGGAAGUGGUUUCAGUUCCUGAUACACUCGUAACUGAUGAUGCCACUUUGGUUAGCCCUUUGGUUGGGUUUCAGGGCCUGUUCAAACAAGCCCUGGAGACGGUUUUUAGGGUGAAUAUGGGUGGACCAACUGUCUCGUUUGAGAAUGAUACGCUGUGGCGAACUUGGGUUCCCGAUCAAGUUUACUUGGUGCAUACGAAUCUUGCAAAAAGCGAAUCGAACAUUAGGGCUGUUACGUAUCCUAAAGGCGGCGCAACGCCUGAUACUGCUCCUCCGACUGUCUAUGGUACUUGCACCAGAAUGAACUCGGAGAAUGAUCCUAAUAGCAAUUUCAAUGUGACGUGGGAGUUCACUGUGGAUCCGGGGUUUCAAUACUUUGUCCGGAUGCAUUUUUGUGACAUAGUGAGUGAAUCUGCUUAUCAGCUCUACUUCAAUGUUUAUAUUGAUUCGUGGAAUGUUGCUCAAGAUUUGGAUCUGAGUUCUUUAACCUUUGGUUUUCUGGCCACUCCUUAUUACAUGGAUUUUGUCACAAAGUUGAAGGAUAACAGCAAGCUUCGCAUCAGUAUUGGACCAUCUCGUGUUAAAAAUGCUUACCCAAAUGCCCUUCUAAAUGGACUAGAGAUUAUGAAGAUGAACAACUCUGCAGGCAGCCUGAGUGGGGCGGUGGCUUUGGUGCCUUCCUCAGGAAGCACAAAGAAAAAUGUGGGGAUGAUAGCAGGCCUGAGCAUUGGUGCUUUUGCUGUUCUAGUGUUGGCAGUCGUCCUAUUCUUUAUGCGAAAAAGAAGAAAACUGGCAAGUCCCAGCCACUCAAAGACAUGGAUUCCUUUGUCUGUCGAUGGAGGAACUUCCUUCAACCUGGGAAGUAAACACUCUAAUGGCACGAUCCUCAGUGCUGAUUCUAACUUUGGAUAUCGCUUUCCUUUUAUUGCAGUCCAAGAAGCUACUAAUAACUUUGAUGAGAAUUGGGUCAUUGGAAUUGGUGGUUUUGGAAAGGUUUACAAGGGUGUUCUAAAUGAUGGUACAAAGGUAGCUGUUAAGAGGGGCAAUCCAAAGUCUCAACAAGGCCUUGCAGAAUUCAAAACUGAGAUCGAGAUGCUGUCUCAGUUCCGCCAUCGCCACUUGGUUUCCUUGAUUGCCUACUGUGAUGAAAAGAAUGAGAUGAUUUUGAUUUACGAAUAUAUGGAGAAUGGAACCCUCAAGAGCCACCUCUAUGGCACAAACCAACCCAGCUUAAGUUGGAAGCAGAGGCUUGAGAUAUGCAUUGGAGCAGCAAGAGGACUUCAUUAUCUGCACACCGGCUACUCGAAAGCAAUUAUUCAUCGCGAUGUGAAGUCAGCAAACAUAUUACUUGAUGAGAAUCUCAUGGCCAAAGUUGCUGAUUUCGGGCUUUCAAAGACGGGACCUGAAAUUGAUCAGACCCAUGUGAGCACCGCGGUGAAAGGUAGUUUUGGGUACCUUGAUCCUGAAUAUUUCAGAAGGCAACAGCUGACAGAGAAAUCUGAUGUGUAUUCAUUUGGAGUGGUCUUGCUAGAAGUUCUUUGUGCUAGACCUGUAAUUGAUCCAUCUCUUCCAAGAGAAAUGGUAAACUUAGCCGAAUGGGCAAUGAAGUGGCAAAAGAGGGGGCAGUUAGAGCAGAUCAUGGAUACCAAUCUUGUGGGGAGAAUAAAACCAGAUUCCCUUAGGAAGUUUGGAGAGACAGCAGAGAAAUGCUUGGCUGAAUUCGGCGUUGAUAGGCCCUCCAUGGGAGAUGUCUUGUGGAAUCUCGAGUAUGCACUUCAGCUUCAAGAAGUAGUUCUUCAAAAUGACCCUGAGGAGAAUAGUACUAAUGUAAUAGGCGAGCUCUCUCCACAGAUCAUCAAUUUUAGCCGCGCCGAUACUAUUGUGUUAGCUUCAGAGUUUGAAGAGUCCAGCGAUCUUUCAGAUGUUUCGAUGAGUAGGGUGUUCUCACAGCUGGUAAAAUCCGAGGGUCGAUGAGAAAAUACAGGAACCCUAGAUGGUUUGCAGCAACUUUGGUUCAUUCAGCCACCAUAUCAAAAAGGUCUCCCUUACAGUUUCUGGGACAUGGAAUGAACUGAAGAAGGGAGCAUCCUGAUCAGUAAUAUCUUUUACAGAAUAAUAGUAAGCAGGUUUGGUUAGAGUGAGUUGUGUUGUUAUGGGCCGAGUAAAUGUACGUGUCUAGUUAGUGUGCUACUUAUUCAAGUGUCCUAUUUGGAUCCAUACCUAUUGAACUUUUCACAAUUUAGGGGUCUUGAAAUUCAUUAUUCAACCCAAUAUCUUUAUCUUCAAAUUCAAAAUUUGCCAUAAAAUCCAUGCAUCAUACAUCUUUUUUAACUCAAAGCAGAGUCUCCCACCACCACCAAGGCUCUUCUGUGUUGGGCUUUUCUUUUGACUCCGAGUAUUCUAAAUAUCACUAGCCUUUCAAUUCACAUUUUGUUAGCCUCUAUUCUACCGUUCAAUCUCUGUCUCUGCCUAUGUUGAGUUGUUUGGCUUAAAUGGUCCUUUUUGGGGAUGUAAAUGGGCUCAAAUUAUUCCAUUUAUGCACUUA